GAGAAGCCAUAUUCAUGUUUAGAAUGUGGGAAAUGUUUUAGUCGGAAAUCACAUCUUGUUGAACAUCAGAAAACUCACGCAGGGGAGAAGCCAUUUUCAUGUUCGGAAUGUGGGAAAUGUUAUAGUGAUAAAUCAAGUCUUCUGAAACAUCAGAGAAUUCACACAGAAGAGAAGCCAUAUUCAUGUUCAGAAUGUGGGAAGUGUUUUAGUCUGAAAGCACAUCUUGUGAGACAUCAGAGAAUUCACACAGGGGAGAAGCCAUUUUCAUGUUUAGAAUGUGGGAAAUGUUUUAGUCGGAAAUCAAAUCUUGUUGAACAUCAGAAAACUCACACAGGAGAGAAGCCAUUUUCAUGUUCGGAAUGUGGGAAAUGUUUUAGUAACAAAUCAAUUAUUGUGGUACAUCAGAGAAUUCACACAGGAGAGAAGCCAUAUUCAUGUUCAGAAUGUGGGAAGUGUUUUAGUCUGAAAGUACAUCUUGUGAGACAUCAGACAAUUCACACAGGGGAGAAGCCAUUUUCAUGUUUAGAAUGUGGAAAAUGUUUUAGUCGGAAAUCACAUCUUGUUGAACAUCAAAAAACUCACACAGGAGAGAAGCCAUUUUCAUGUUCGGAAUGUGGGAAAUGUUUUAGUAACAAAUCAAUUCUUGAGGUACAUCAGAGAAUUCACACCGGGGUUAAGCCAUUUUCAUGUCCUGAAUGUGGGAAAUAUUUUAAUCAUAAAUCAGAUCUUGUGAAUCAUAUGAGAAAUUACACUGGCGAGAAGCCAUUUCCAUGUCCUGAAUGUGAAAAGUGUUUUAAUUCAAAAACACAGCUUAAUAUACAUCUGAGAACUCACACAGGAGAGAAGCCAUAUUCGUGUCCUGAAUGUGAGAAGUGUUUUAAUAACAAAUCAAGUCUUGUGCAACAUCAGAGAAUUCACACCGGAGAGAAGCCAUUUUCUUGUCCCGAAUGUGAGAAGUGUUUUAAUAACAAAUCAAGUCUUGUGCAACAUCAGAGAAUUCACACCGGAGAGAAGCCAUUUUUUUGUCCCGAAUGUGAGAAGUGUUUUAAUAACAAAUCAAGUCUUGUGCAACAUCAGAGAAUUCACACC